GCACUGACUGGUCACCUUUGGAAUUACCGCUUUUUGGGUACACUGGUUGCAUUUCAAUAAGCUUCUUAUUCUUUCUCGGGUCUUUGAGGUAGACCUGGGAGAAAACCAAUCCCAGAUAGCAUGGCUCUGUGGAAUGGCGUGGGUCAGGUGGCCAGCAUCGCGCAGCUUGCCGGAGUGGAUGCUUAUGGGCUCAUAUCGAUGAUCGUGGAGGCCGCACAGACAGUAAAGAGGAACCGGGAGACAUGCCAGCUGCUGGCACGGCGCACAAGGAUGAUAGGGGCUCUUCUGCAGCAGCUCGAAAGAACGCAGCUGAUGCAGCACACGGAGACGAGGAUCCCGGUGGAGCAGCUGGAGGAGACGCUUCGGCACGCGUACAUGCUCAUCGCAUCCUGUCGGGAGGGCAGCUACCUGCACAGCUGCUUUAUGGGAGGGAAGCAGGCUGAGCAGCUCUGCGAGGUGCAGAACGAGAUCACCUUCUACCUCCAGCUCUUCCCCCUCGUCAGCUUCGUCGACACCACCCGUACCUGGGAGCGGCUUCUGAACAGAGAUAGUCCUUUGUGCACAGAACCUUCUGAACACGCAAUACAUAAUUCGGAUUAUAACAAUCGGCUCAGAACAAAGGACCUCAAGGUAACUAUAUUCGAAGAUUCGGGAACUCAUCCUCACCGAGAAUCCGAGGAAAAGAAAACAGAAGGCCAAGUCAUGGACAUGGGAGAACUAGCAAAUCUCAUUGGGGGUGGGAAAGGAGCAGAGUUAUCAUAUUUUUGUUUCUCUCAGAUUUUGGCUGCUACAGACAAUUUAUCAGAGAGAAACUUGAUUGGAAUUGGUGCGUUUGGCUAUGUUUACAAGGGUAAACUGCCUAAUUGUCUUGACUUUGCUGUCAAAAGACACGAUGCAUCUUCAUUUCGAGGUCCAGACAUGUUCAGAACUGAGAUCGAAGUCAUUCCAAACCUUCAGCAUAAAAACAUAAUUUCUCUACUUGGUUACUGUGUUCAAGGUGGAGAAAAGAUGCUUGUCUACGAAUACAUGCCAAAUAAAAGUUUGGCAUCUAUCAUUGCUGGCAAGUUUUCAUUAAGAUUAAAGCUUCUUUCAUUUUUUUCCUGUUCAUUGUUCAGCGAGUACACUCUCAACGAUUUAUGUUGCAAAUGCAUGGAUGUUUUUCUUGUAGAUGAAACAAAAAGGAAGUUGCUAAAUUGGUCUAAGCGUCUUCAAAUAAUUAAAGCGAUAGCUGAUGGUCUUGCUUAUCUGCAUGGGCGUUCUCAGAUAUGCAUUGUCCACAGGGACAUAAAGCCAAGUAACAUCCUGUUGGAUCAUGAAAUGAACGCUAAAAUUUCUGAUUUUGGUCUGGCUCUUCAGUUAGCUCCAAAUACAACUGCAGAGGUGCUUGUUUGUGGCACAUAUGGCUAUGCAGAUCCUGAAUAUGUUGCUACUGGAAAUAUUUCGGAGAAGGCAGAUGUAUAUGCCUUUGGUAUCGUACUUCUUGAGAUAAUAUGUGGAAAGCUGUUUCGGUCUUAUGAAGUGAAGGCCAAGGGUACAUCUCUAGGGCUACGACUUCCUGAUUGUGCACGCAGGUAUGAAAAGAAGCUGCACAAGUUUGUUGAUCCAUUGUUAGGCGCUAAAAAGCAUGAAAGGGUUCAGAUUAAGGAAUGUGUCAAGGUGGCGCUCUUGUGCAUUCACAAAUUUGCCAAUAGUCGGCCUACCAUGUCGGAAGUUGUUGCCAUGCUUGGCAGCAUCAAGGUGGUGCGACAAUAGAUAAGCCUACUGGAAUCACAUUGGUUGUAAUUUUGGAAGAACCCUAAAGUGAUUGUUGUAAUAAGCAAAGUGUCAACUAAUGAGCUGCUGCAACUCAUGUUUUU